GUCUAAAGAAAAUGAUCCAAAGAAUAGUAGGAGUAAUCGACGAAUCAGUAGACUCCAUCAAUGAAAGUAUUAGUCAAGAUAGACAUAUGUAUUCAUUUGUAGAAUACCAACGAGAAGCAAGUGCUAUAGUUGAAAGAGCUCGACAAGAAUUAAAGGAUUUACAAGAAUCCAGAUUUUCAACAGAAGAACAAGCAUUCAAAGAAGCAAUACAAAGAGGAUGA